AUGUCUGCAAAGCGCAUCAUUCUCGUCACCGGGGCCAACUCUGGCAUCGGCUUCGACACCAGCCACGCCCUCGCCGCCGCCUCGGCAGACCACCACGUCAUCAUGGGCUGUCGCAGCGUGGACAAGGGCGAGGUCGCGCUGCGGCAGCUGCAGGCGCGCGUCUCCGACGGCCACGCCGGCACGCUGAGCCUGCUGCAGCUCGACAUCACAUCAGACGAUUCCAUCGCUGCGGCGGCCGCGUCCAUCGAGGCCACGCACGGGCGCCUCGACUGGCUCGUCAACAACGCCGGCAUCACGGUGCGCAACGCACCCUCGCGCCGCGCCGAGCUGCUCGACACGUACAACACCAACACGGCGGGGCCGCUCAUCCUCACCGAGGCGCUGCUGCCGCUGCUGCGUCGCUCGUCAGACCCGCGCGUUGUCAACGUCUCGUCCAACCUCGGCUCCGUGGCGGCACGCUUCGACGAGACCUCGAGCUACUAUCGCCAGCCGUGGGAGGCGUAUCGCAUGUCCAAGGCGGCGCUCAACAUGGCCACGGGCUGCCUGCUCGCCGCGCACGGCGGGUCCGGGUCCGGGUCCGAGGGGGGAGUCCGCUUCUGGGCCUACUGCCCGGGCUACGUGGUGACCAACCUGACGGGCGAGGAGGACCGGCAGGGGCGCAUCGACAGGGGCGCCGACAGCUCCGAGACGAGCGCGCAGGGGAUACUCGAGAUCCUGCAGGGCGAGAGGGACGCCGAGAUGCGUCUGUUUAUCCAGAGAUGGGGGAAGCACGGAGCCUGGUGA